UUUCUGUUAGGUGCAGCGCCCUCCCACCAGCGGCCCUCUGCGGCCCUUGUUUAGCGCGAACGCAGGGAUGGGUCCGGUGUUUAGGGGACACGCAAGGCCGACAAUUGCCGAACCCCCAUGCUAUCCCAUUAGGCUUCCCACGUGAUCUAGCCCGUGACUCUCAAAACUUCUAAUUGCGGAACCUCGAAUUGCAGCAAUGCGGCGCGAGACGAAUCGAGAGCGUCGCGUCUAGCAAUAGCAAACGAGCACGAUGGCGACAGCACUCCUGCGGAACCUGGCGCUGCGGUCGCUGCUGCAACGGCGGCCAUUUCUGACGCCAUCAUUACCAAUCUCCCCUCUGUCGGCCGUCCGCUCCUUUUCCAGCACUCCGAUUCAGAAUGCGACGCUUAACCAGGUCUUAAGGGGCUGCCGAAAACCGCAACGAGCUCGUCACGCCGUGUCGCCGGCGCUGUCGGGGAUCAAGGCGCCCCAGCGGAAGGGCGUCUGCAUCAAAGUGGGCGUGACGCGACCCAAGAAGCCCAACUCUGGCGAGCGCAAGACGGCGCGUGUGCGUCUGUCGACGGGCAAGCUCGUGACCGCAUACAUUUCCGGCGAAGGCCACAACAUCCAGCAGCACAGCGUUGUGCUCGUCCGUGGCGGCCGAACGCAGGACUGUCCCGGUGUGCGGUACCAUUUGGUCAGGGGAGCCAUGGAUCUGGGAGGCGUCGGAAAUCGCAUGACUAGCAGGAGCAAAUUUGGGACGAAGAAGCCGAAGAAGGCAUCCGUCGGUUAGGCAUUGGCCAUCCGGACGAGAUGAAAGAGUUAGACUCGUCGCACAGGAUUCCAACAGUCAAGGUUGCGUUCAUGCUGCGGUGGCGGAUCACCGAUGUAUAAUGAUCAAGAGACUGGUAGGCGAAAAUGCGAUUACCUAGACUCGAUCAUGAUAUGCUGGUAUUGUUGUCAGUCGCCAUUAUGUAUUUACCCCAUGUAAAAUAUUACUCGUACUAAUGCAUAUGCACUGGGAUGGAC